UCCUCCUCGCGCCGCCACCUCCGCUGCCGGGACGCGGGCCUUCGUCGGCUGAGCCCGCACGCCCAGCACCCUCCGGUUCCGGCUGCGGCUCGGGACCCCCUCGUGACCUCGCGGUCCUGAGCUCUCCGGUCUGGUAGCGGGCAGGCGGCACCGGUGCUUUUCCGUUACAGCCCCGACCCAGCCCGCGGCGCCCAGACACCCUCCCUUUGCCCACCCAGGACUGCAGGACAUUGGCUGAUGCACUUCCCCUAAACCAGGCCAUUGCUGUGCUGUCUCCCCUUACGCACACGGACUUCAAAAAUGCUUAUCAGUUCUGUUUUGUCCACUUUUGUAACUCCAGGACCUUCCACUCUCUGCUAAUAAUACCUUUUGACCCGUACCCUUUCCCCAGUGCAUCUUUUCCGAGAGACAUUCAAACUCCACACGACCCGGGCCUGGUUCAGGGCCUGCGAGCUCCCUCCUGAUUGUUCCUCUUCACUUCUCCCACCACCCUGCUCCCUGUUUUUAUCCUAUCGUGUGUACCUCGUUCCCCUUGUCACUUCUUGGGGCUCCUCCUAAGCAGGGGCCAGUCGGUACCCCUCGCCCCAGGAUGUGAGACCCUUUAACCUGUAAUGCUGUGGCUGGCCCUUGGCCCCUUCCCUGCCAUGGAGAACCAAGUGCUGGUGAUUCGGAUCAAGAUUCCAAAUAGUGGUGCGGUGGACUGGACCGUGCACUCCGGGCCGCAGUUACUCUUCAGAGAUGUGCUGGAUGUGAUAGGCCAGGUCCUGCCUGAAGCAACGACGACAGCGUUUGAAUAUGAAGAUGAAGAUGGUGAUAGGAUUACAGUGAGAAGUGAUGAAGAAAUGAAGGCAAUGCUGUCAUACUAUUAUUCCACAGUAAUGGAACAGCAAGUAAAUGGCCAGCUAAUAGAGCCGCUGCAGAUAUUUCCGAGAGCCUGCAAGCCUCCUGGGGAACGGAACAUACAUGGCCUGAAGGUGAAUACGCGGGCUGGACCAUCUCAACAUGCCAGCCCUGUGGUCUCAGAUUCCCUUCCAAGCAAUAGCUUGAAGAAGUCCUCCGCUGAACUGAAGAAGAUCCUGGCCAAUGGCCAGAUGAAUGAACAAGACAUACGGUAUCGAGACACCCUUGGCCAUGGCAACGGAGGCACAGUCUACAAAGCAUAUCAUGUCCCAAGUGGGAAAAUUUUAGCUGUAAAGGUUAUUCUGUUAGACAUUACACUGGAGCUACAGAAGCAGAUCAUGUCUGAGUUGGAAAUUCUUUAUAAGUGUGACUCAUCAUAUAUCAUAGGAUUUUACGGGGCAUUUUUUGUAGAAAACAGGAUUUCAAUUUGUACAGAAUUCAUGGAUGGGGGAUCCUUGGAUGUAUAUAGGAAAAUUCCAGAGCAUGUCCUCGGGAGAAUUGCAGUGGCAGUUGUUAAAGGCCUUACAUAUUUGUGGAGUUUAAAGAUUUUACACAGAGAUGUGAAGCCCUCCAACAUGCUUGUAAACACAGGCGGACAGGUCAAGCUGUGUGACUUCGGCGUUAGCACGCAGCUGGUGAAUUCUAUAGCCAAGACGUAUGUUGGAACAAAUGCUUAUAUGGCGCCAGAAAGAAUUUCAGGAGAGCAGUAUGGAAUCCACUCUGACGUGUGGAGCUUAGGAAUCUCUUUCAUGGAGCUUGCUCUUGGGAGGUUUCCAUAUCCUCAGAUUCAGAAAAACCAGGGAUCUUUAAUGCCUCUCCAGCUUCUGCAGUGCAUUGUUGAUGAGGAUUCACCAGUCCUUCCGCUUGGAGAGUUCUCGGAGCCGUUUGUACAUUUCAUCACUCAGUGCAUGAGGAAACAGCCCAAAGAAAGACCAGCACCCGAGGAACUGAUGGGUCACCCGUUCAUCGUGCAGUUCAAUGACGGAAACUCCACUGUGGUGUCCAUGUGGGUGUGCAGAGCCCUAGAGGAGAGGCGGAGCCAGCAGGGACCCCCAUGAGGCCUCAGCAGGAUACUGACUACCCAGGACCAGUCACCAAGGACACAACAAGCCGUGACCCCUCUGUACUGGGUCCAGCCUCCUGCUUUCACCUCCUACCCUACCUAGGGAGCCCUCAAGAGAGCCAGCCUCUGCUGAACCCCUCCUCCCUGGGGAGGGGGACUACAAUGAAUAAGGCAGGUGCAGAGAGUGCAGAGGGUGUGGGGGAGGGUGAUGGGUUAUAAGAAAGGCACCUCCUCUGGCCUCACCCCCUUAUGUUUCCCUACUGUUCAUUGUAAAGGGUCAGGCCCUACAGCAGCACUGAUGGGAAUAAAAGCAUUGUUACUUUG